AUGGUGGAUGUGGAAUGUAUUCGCACCGGCGAGCGUGGCUUGUUGCCGACUCACUGUGUCAACGAUCCCCUAAAAUUAACAGCGUUUUCGGGGACGACUACUGCAUUUGUCCCGGACGCCACUGCUGGACAGCAUCACGACCUCAACCAGGCCGACAGCAGUGCACCAUUGGAGUCGGCCCAUCCGGAGAAGGCUGGCUGCAGCCCCUGCAGUUGUCCGGACCUCCUCGCCGAGCGUUGGUAUCAUGGCGCCAUCCAUCGCAGCUACGCUGAAUACCUUCUUAACAGCGGCAUCACCGGCAGUUUCUUGGUUCGUGAAUCCGAAACCAAUGUGGGCAGACUGACCAUCAGUCUGCGCUGCGAUGGAAAGAUCUUUCAC